AGUUAAAAAGAAUCAACAUAUCAAAUGUCAAUUAUACAGAAAUCAGCAAUUUUGAUAAGCUUAAGCUACAAAAUCACUCGUCAAACCAAUUCACGCGACGUAAAAACGUCUUGACUCGUCCUCCUCCUCCUGAGUCACUCUUCAGAAGCUCUGUUCAUUUCUUCUUGUCGCGUAGUAAUUCUGAAUUGCUGAUCACAUUCCAUGUUCUGCCUACUACUGACCCUCACACUGAGCUCAUAAUCAAAGUUCUCAUACCCACCAUAAAAAUCUCUUCUUUUCACCACCUGAGGCAAUAAGGGUGAUAAUUAGAAAUGCCCAAACCGGUUCUCAAAGCUGGAAGCAGACCGCCAUGGGUCGGUCUUGCUGCUGCAGUAUGGGUCCAAAUCGCUGCCGGCAAUACGUACAACUUCCCACUUUACUCAUCUGCGCUCAAAUCCAUACUGGGUCUCAAUCAGCGACAAGUGACUAUGCUUGGAGUGGCUACUGAUAUUGGGGAAAGCGUGAGUUUGCCUGCUGGUUAUGCCUGCAACAAGCUCCCUCCUUGGGCUUUGAUUCUGAUUGGUUCAGUGAUUUGUUUCUUGGGUUAUGGAGUUAUCUGGCUUGCUCUUAGGCAAACUCUUUCGAGCUUGCCAUAUAUUCUGUUAUGGAUUGCACUCUGUGCUGGCUCUAACAGUUGUGCGUGGUUUGGAACAUCUGUUCUUGUUACAAACAUGAGGAACUUCCCUCUCAGUAGGGGCAGCAUUUCAGGGAUUCUUAAAGGUUAUGUGGGGAUUAGUGCUGCAGUGUAUACAUUGAUUUAUACCUUGAUACUUAAAGAUUCUUCUUCAAAACUGUUGUUGUUCCUUGCAAUUGGGGUUCCUGUUGUAUGUUUAGCUUUAAUGUACUUUAUUCGGCCUUGUACUCCUCCUUCUGGGGAAGACUCCUCAGUACAUGUUCACUUCAUAUUGGUACAAGCUGCAAGUGUUUUACUUGCCAUCUAUCUUGUCACCGCCACAGUAUUAGAUGAGGUUAUUUCCAUAAGUGAUGCUGUUUCCUACAUCUUAGUUGCCAUAAUGAUUAUACUUUUGAUGACUCCACUUGUAAUUCCAGUUAAGAUGACACUAUUCCCUGCCAAUCCUAAGAAAAAAGGACCACAGGAUGGUUCUUCAAGUCAGCUGGUAUCUGAUGAUGAUUUGACUCAUAUAGAUCCAUUGUUGACACCAUCUUCCUCAGCUGCUUGUCUUGGGAGUUCCAACGAAAAUGAGUAUGCUUCAGAUAUUGAGAUACUUCUUGCAGAAGGAGAGGGAGCAGUGAGGAAGAAAAGAAAGCCUAGAAGGGGGGAAGAUUUCAAGUUCCAUGAAGCUUUAAUCAAGGCCGAUUUCUGGCUUCUUUGGCUUGUUUAUUUUCUAGGCGUUGGUUCAGGAGUUACGGUUCUUAAUAAUUUAGCUCAAAUAGGAGUCGCUCAAGGCGUUGAUAAUACAACCAUAUUGCUCUCAGUCUUUAGCUUUUGCAACUUCAUUGGUCGUCUUGGUGCCGGUGUUGUUUCUGAACACUUUGUCAGGUCGAUGACGCUACCUCGAACAUUUUGGAUGACUUGUACACAGAUAAUUAUGAUCCUAGUAUUUGUGCUUUAUGCUCUGGCUUAUUCAGAUGGCACUCUUUAUGUUGCAACGGCUUUGCUUGGAGUCUGCUAUGGGGUUCAAUUUUCAAUAAUGAUCCCAUCCGUGUCCGAGCUUUUUGGUCUGAGACACUUCGGCGUACUUAAUGGUUUCAUGCAACUAGGAAACCCAAUCGGUGCUCUUCUUUUCUCUGCUCUGCUAGCUGGUAGUGUAUAUGAUGCAGAAGCUUCCAAAUAUGGAGGUUCCACUUGCUAUGGUUCAUACUGUUUCAGGCUCACCUUUCUGGUUUUGGCCGGCAUCUGUGGAUUAGGCACCAUCUUGAGUAUAAUUUUGACCGUUAGAAUACGCCCAGUUUACAAAAUGUUGUACGCUAGCGGCUCCUUCCGUCUCCCUCAAGCUUCAGAUCACUGAACAGUGAAAAAUUUAUCUGGUAGACACAAGAUGUAAUACUAAUAUUCCUGAGGCCUAGUUCAAUAUGAUAUAGAGAAAAUAUAUUAGCAUGGAUCUUAUGUGUUCUGAAAUGUUCUGACCCUCCAUAUUGUUAUGAACGAUUCAAUAUUUUUGGGUUUUAAUUGGUGAUCUCUCAAGAUCCAAGUUCUGGUAUGUAGUAAUGUUGUAUGUAUCAGAAAAGACUUAUUAUUUA